AAUAUGGCGGUUAUAUGUAAAUAGUAGAUUCCUUGUAGUAAAAUUGAAGAGUUUUUUAUUUUUUUGACACAUAAUGACAGCCGUCAAUCUACCACAUGAAGUUCUAUUAUCUAUAUUCCAGUAUCUAGAAGUUGAGGAUUUAUGCAGAUUAUCUCGAGUAUGUAAGCUGUGGAAGAAAGUAUCCAAUGAUAGGAGUCUAUGGAAAGUGGUAACUUUAAAAAAAGAAUUAAAAGUAGGUCCGCUUAAAAAGCUCCUAUAUCAUCAUGCUGCUACCGAUGCUUUACAAAGAUUAGAGAUUAAAGGACCACUCAAGCUACGUAUAUAUCCUAAAGGUUCUGCAAUAACUGAUAAAUGUAUUGAAUUAUUGAAUGAGAGAUGUCCGAACUUGACAACACUGGUGUUAGAAUCGUAUAAUUUAGAACAAAUUAGCCAUUUACCUAAAAAUCUCAAACACUUAGCUCUGGUAAAGUGCAGUACACCUUUAGAUGGAUUUGCUGGACAUUUAGUACACAAAUUUUCAGAAUUAAAGUCACUAGAUUUAACAAAUUCAACAAAAGUUGGUUCAAAAGAUUUAACCAGCUUAAGUAGUUAUACAUCAAUUACUCAGCUGAGUUUAGAUGGAUGCUAUAGAAUAUCUGCUUCAUUUCUACAAGCAUAUCUUACUUUGGAAUUUCUAUCUCAGCUCGAAAAAUUAUCAAUUGUUGGAAUAACUAUGAAUGAUGCUGAUGCCCUCAUUAAUGUCCUUUCAUCUCCUAAAAUGAGUAUGCUUAAAGUUUUACGUACUUGUGAAAUGAUGUCAUGGGAAUAUUUACCAAUAAAUUUACAAGCUCUAAUUGUUAUUGGAAAUACGGACGAUUUAGGAAGACUUUGCAGAGUUAAUCAGUUAUGGUAUAGAAUUCUAAAUGAUCCUAUCUUGUGGCGUAGAAAAUUUAUUCAUCUAAAAAAGCGCUUGAAACACGGAGCCCUAGAAAAAUUCUUAUAUUAUAAAGGCAUAACAAAAUAUUUAGAAAAACUAUGGAUUAAGGGAAAAGCGCCGACUGCGUUUAUUGGAGAAAUUCCGUCUCCAUUACCGCCUUAUAUGGUCUAUAGUAGAUCUUCCAGAAUAACUGAGAAGUCUUUAGAACUCUUAACUGAAAGAUGUGAGAAUUUUACAACUUUAAUUUUAGAAUGGUUUAAUUUGAGCAACGUUCCUGGGAACGUUUUACCAAGAUCUCUAAGAAAGUUAGCCUUAAUUGGCUGUUGUACAACGGAUGGUUUUCCAAAUCAAUUUGUUAUUGAUGCUUUGAGGCAUCUUCCUCAUUUGGAAUCAUUUGAUCUAAAUGGAUGGAAUAAAUUAACGAGAAAUGAUUUACUUGUUAUCUUUAAUAGUAGAAAAUUAAAGGAUCUAAACAUCGAUGGAUGUACGAUAAGUAUUCUGCCUUUGAUUAAAAUUCCAACUGUCGUUGAAUUUCUUCUAGGAUUGAGAAAACUCUCAAUGAUUGGCACUCAAACUUCUUUCAAAGCGCUGUCUAAUGCCUUCUCUACAACGAAAAUGACCGAAUUACGCCUUCUUCGUAUAGACGAACGAGCGCCGUGGAAACAUUUACCAAACGGAUUAAAAGUUCUUAUAAUAAAGAACUGUCACUACGAAAUGGUAGAAUUAGACUCCCUGUCAGCAAUGAGAGGAUUAUCUAACAACGAAUCAUUACGAUUAGUCGAAUUUCUUCGUCUUCGAGUUAGAAAUAGAAGAGAGAUUAUGUCCAUUCUUCCCUCGCAUUGUCAAUUGAGCGUGAAGGAGUUUGGUGAAAAGACUGGCAAUGCCAAACCAAUUUUUGAUUUAUACCAAGAAUUUAUCUGA